GAAUAUCCAAUAUGGCAACAACAUUGCCUAAUCAACAACCACCUUCAGUAGGGGAAAGUGCUUUGCCAAAUCCUAAUGAAGCAGUUCCAGGAAGUGCUUCUGGAGGGGAUUCUGCUUCCGCUUCUUCCGGUUCCAUAGGCCCCUUUUUCGCGGUGAUCUCGGUGUUGACGGUGUUGGCAGUUCUAUCGUGCUAUUUCGGUCACAAGUACAACCGCCGCAAGGCGGGGGCUCCAUUGGAGAGGAUCGAGAUUGGUGGUGGCUUUUUGGGGUGGGUCAAGAGGAAGUGCCAAAGGUGUAUGCCUUGUGGUCAACAUGAUGUUGAAGUUGGAGGAAAUAAGGUGGUUUUUGGUGAGGAGAAAAGUGAUGCCAAGGUUAGAGAUGGUGAGGUUUCACAAUCUUAAUCUUAGGCCUAAAUGUGCAUAUGGUUGAUUUAU